CAUACAAGUCGCCUACGCAUAAUUAUUGUAUUCGUUGGAGCUAUAUCAAUGUUUUAAUGAGAUCGGUUAGCUUGCUAACCCCCUUAACGAUUGGAAAAAUGACAACCCACCUGUUAUUAAAUGCAACUUUUAGAAUUUAAUACUUUUGUUAAAUACAAAUUAAGAAUUAAAUACACCAUAUUAAUUAUUUACUUUUUUAAAUCUAAACCUACACAAAAUAGAAUUCUCUCUCCCUAUUUCUGAUCCUUCCUUUUCAAGCAGCCUCCUACCACCAGGCUUCCUCCGACAACCACAAUUCUCCGGUGAAAAUCUACCCGGUAAACUCCCUCCGGUCACCUGUAAAAAUGUACCAUUACAUUAAAAAAAAUAUACCACUGCACUGAUACGUUGUACCACUGCAAUUAACCUCAGAUAUGAGAUUUGUACCAGUGCACUUGUAGCGAUACCACUGUACUGGUAGCGCUAUCAGUGCUGAAACGAACUAAUAUUUUUAAACAACACGAAAUACUCACGGCUCUAGAGCCGACCGAAAUAGUGUACAAAAUCUCAAUAAAAUAAAUAAUCCAAGUAUUUUCCACAAGAUAUUCAAAUGAAAUGCCCUAAAUAGUUGGCGCGACCCAUAUCCAUGGUAAACAAAACCACCCAAACUCAAAACCUCGAAUCUCCAGUUUAUAAACUCAUAAUCAUGAACAAAAAUAAUGAAAAUAACUAUAGCUCUAUCUUCUCACUAAGCUCCCCCUCGAUCUCGUCCGCUCAGAAGCGGCAUCCUACUUAGCCUCGCCUCUUCUCGGAAUCCACCUCCGCUAACCCUUCCCCAACCUGGUGAGUGAGAAGGGGUCAGUCUCAUCGUUACUUCCUAAGGUCUUUGCCCUAGGCACAUCCUUACUAACACAUUAUUAGUGUUUCCUUUCCUUAAAUGAAAGUCGUUCUCGCUUUCAUCCCUAAUAUUUUAGUCCUUAAUAUCUUAUAGAAGUUCUCUACUUUUAUCUUAAUUCAUAUACUUAUUACUAGGGUUGACGCGUUACGUCUCGCCGUUCGGUGCCCCUAUCUUCACGGCAAUGGUACUAUGUUACGUAUCGUCAUCCAGACCAUGCCCGGUCAACUACUGCGUUACGUAUCGUCGUCCAGUAGUGACCCAACCAUCUACCGCGUCCAGUAGUGGCCUAACCGUCCAGGGGUUCCCUUACUAUCAACCAUACAUUACACACACACAUACAUUCAUUCAUACAUAGCACAUCGCGUGCCUCCACCUUCAGAAGGCGGUGGGAUGCCUCAAACACAUAGUGCGCAAAAUCAUAAAAAUUAACUAUCAUUACUUAAAGUAAAUGUAUAAACUAAAAGACCUCGGCCGUGAUUUUACCUCAUUUACACUCACCUCAAAAAGACGACUCCUCGAUUCCUUAUUCGAAGAAAUCCCUCCUUCGUCGAAUUACCACGGAAAAACCUCUAGAACAUGACUAGGCUCAGAUUCAAAAGAUUUGGGCAUCAAUCUCCGCGUCAAUCGAUGUUUCAAAUCCUCGCAACAUCACCGCAAAGCACCAAAACACCUGAAAGUGUGUCCGCGUCAUGGAGAUUGGCGUGAGAGGGGAAAGGAACGGGGACCAGGUUCCUUUUUAUUCUCGCUACUCUUGUGCGACGCAAAAGAGGAAUAUGAUUUCCUUCCGCUGCCGCAAGCUAGCGUUGCUCUGUUCUAGGGGACAGCUGCAACGCCUUCUCUUCCACUUCUUUAUUAUUUCUAAAGGGGAAGGGGUUUCUCGCUGGGGAAUGGGGAAAUUAGGGAAAAUGAUUGAGAAGGAGGCCGCUCGGCCCUUUUGACCGAUUAUAUAUACUUUUUAAAUAAUAAUAAUAAUAUAGUAGUUAUUAUUAUUAUUCCUAAUCCGCGGUUGCAACUUUUUAUGUAACCGUUAACCCAAUCGUUCAUGUAUUUUGGUCGAACCUGAACCCAAAGGUCGGGGUGUCACAUUUCCUCCACCCUUAUAAAAAUUUCUUCCCCGAAAAUUUUCUCGAAACUCAUCCUUUUUUCAACACCCUUCGUAUACUUCCUUCCCACGAUCAUUUACUGUUACCAUAACAAUUUCGUUGGUAACUUUGAUCAUUUAUAUUUCCUUAGCUGGUAGAACUCGUGUUAGCUUGAGUGACUCACUGCCCUUUUUAUUUCACAACUUGACCCAAAAGUGAUGAAACAUAAUACCGAUUUGGCUGGACAUGUUGAUCCAAUUCACCUGGUAGUUGUUGUUGAACCUAAAUCCAAAAUCGAGAUAUCACAUUUCCUCCCCACUUAUAAAAAAUUCGCCCUCGAAAUUUGUUCCUUGUGAUGACCCCAAGCCUCUCUUGUAAAAAUUAUUUUAAAAGGAAUUGUACCUCAUUUAACUUGUACGACAUGAUCCAUAAUCCCUUUCCUCCAAUAAUGUGCACAUCUGGUAGAAUGGUAAUUCAAACAUUUCUUGCCUCUUUAUACUUGUAUCAAAUAUCUGGGUUGGUAAUUUCCAUACCCCCCUUAAAUAUCCCCUUGCCUCUAACCUUUUCUACCGUACUUGAUCAAUGUGAUUUAUUGAAUGCUCAUUCGAUGGCAACUUCAAUGUUGUAAUGGCUCCUCGGAUCGUCAUAUGAUCAACUAGUUGCCUAAAAAUCUCUAGUUAUCAUUCUCUAAGAAUUUUAUGAUGUUUUUCUCAGCAUGAUUGAUGAUGCAUCUCCUUGAACUCCAUGACAUAAAUGUCCAUGUGAGAGUUCGACUUGCUCGCUAAUACUCGGUCUGGUUGAUGCUUCUUUCCCCUUGACAUCGGUUAUGGACUUCGAACCCCAACGUUACUGGUAGCAGCUUGUGUGUCUCCUUCUAAGGUCGUAAAACUCAUGUAACUCUUGUCCAUGGUUGGCCCCGUAGGUCUCUAGGUCCUUGUACAUCCUAACUUUGACUCUCUUACUUACCUUCUUUAGUACUCCACCUUACUCCAUACUCAUCAACCUAAUGGUAGCCGCCUCGUCACAGAGAGCUUAGCGUUGAAACUUCAAACUACUGCUUUUACUUCCCGUACAAAAUAGAGGCAUCACUCGUAUAGUACCCCUAACUUGCGAUUAACCUUAUGCUUCUUCCAAGGAUCAUGAUAUCCCCUUUGGACUUACUUGUUCACUCAUGGGUGCCGUACAUAGCCCUUCCUUAUAUUCGCUCAGACCAGAAGUUCACAUACUACCAAUCUUGCCACUCCUACACCUUAGCUGCAAUUUCUCGUACGAUCAUUUUAGACUGUUGGCCAUAACUCAUUGGUUGGUUUAAUAAGACUUGUAUAUUUUAUCACGGUGUCCACUCUAGCCACCUCUAUGGCCAUACACGAGUUCAACCACUUCCUCCCCUACGUCAUCAAUAACAAAGAAGCUUUCAUCCCCUCAAUGUUUAUACAUCCUCCAACUUUACUUCUUGCCAAUUUCCCACUAUGCUUACCCGUAGUAACUCCAAAUGUCUUGACGAGUUUAUUUGUCCUAGAUUCUUUUUUAUCCUCCCCAGCUCGGGGGUUUAAGGUAAGGCCCAAGCUUCCUUGAAACUUCCUAGUCAUAACGACCUAGAUAUGACACGUUGGUAGACUUCCAACCCUCGAAAACUAUUCCUCAUGUAAGAAUUCCCAACCUAGAGGUGGUCACCCUUCCCCCUUUUAGACGUAUCCAAACCUUCCUCAGGCCAUCUUUGUAUGAUCUCCAAAUCUAUAACAUCCCUUACUUCUUUAUUCGCAUUCAUUCUACUUGGUAUUCCUUGCCCUCGAUGAAGUCCUUAAGGUUUCUAUAUAUAUAUAUAUAUAGGCCAGGCUAGCGUACACCAGGCGUACGUUGUACGCUUGUGUUCACACCUAUUAAAAUUUUUAAUUUAUUAUAAUUAAAUAAAUAAUUGAUACAAAUUAUAAUUACUACUACAGUAUUAAUUUAAUUUCUUAUACGAUUUAGUUGCAAAUAAAUUUCCCAUCGUUAUGCUUAAUUCAAUCAUGUAAACAUCCAAUUGAAUUACAAAAGACAUUUGUUUCCUUGGGCCAUAACAUUUUAGUCUUUGUUUCAAAGCGCCAGUGCCCCCUUUUCAUGACCUAGUUUCUUCGCUGUCGAAACUCCAAUUCCAACCCAAUCAUCAAUUUGAAUCCUGCCAUCGAGACUCAAAUGGUCCAAAUCUAAUACACCCUACUCGACAACAAGGAGCAGAGGCUUCAUAUCAGAGUUGCGGACACGAUGACGCCAACAUUUCGUACUGCUUUGAAAAACCUUACACUGUCUUCUAUCUAUUCAAUCUCAACGAAUUGCAAGUCGACGUGAUGAAGACAGCGUGAGUUCAAAGAGGUGCCAUCUUGAAGAGCCUUAAUGUGCGAUUGAGAAACAGAGCACCCACCUUGCGUUCCCGGCGAGGCACUGCCCCACUGUGGGAGAUGGCGGUCACUUUGCCGGGUGCGGGACUCUGGUUACAAAGUACGACCUUAUCGCCGAUAAUGUGAUUGAUGCUUAUUGAUGGAUGCUCCCAGCAGGAUUCUGAAGAGAAAGGCCAUAGGGGAAGAGGUUUUCUGGACGAUUAGAGAGGUGAUAGACCGAUUAAGCUUUGGAAUUGUGUGUUUGUGUUGUUGUGGGGCUGAAAUUAGUCAUAGUUCCCAACAAACUGACGCUCUUUACUAUUUCAAAGACGCUGGAGGAAGGGGCGAACAAGCUGAUCCAUAUAUGGCAUCUAUUCGCACACGACAUGGACUAGAUUUGUUCAUCCAACUUUAUAUUCUCACCUUGUGGAUACAAAAAGGAGAAGGCUGAUUCUGAGUUCCAAUAUCUGUUCCUUGAAAAUGAUUGACAUGGUUAUCCCAUUGAUGAACACCAGGUUUCUAGAAUUGGGCCUAUUGGAUUGCAAGGGAGGGAGUGCUAGAAAUAGCAAUUUAACUUUUCGUUAUGGACUUAAAACUGGAUGUCUCAAAGUCAAAGGUACGAUUUGAAGAAAAAGGGUACGGUAAUUUGUAUAAUGAUUACUUAAAUGAUUGAUUAAAGCAUAACUAGUGGUAAAAAUUGUUUGGGUACUGAAACGUACACAAAUAAUUAUUGGCUAUAAUUGUAAGUUUAAUUAUCAUUAAUAGUUAAUUUAAUUAAAAAUGAAUUUUUAGGUGUGAACACAUGCGUAUAGCGUACGGCAGGUGUACGCUAGCCUUUGCCAUAUAUAUAUAUAUAUAUGAUGACUACUUCGGUGCACUCACAAAAUUGAGUGCGUUCAAUGCACCUAACUCAAAAACUAGUCUUAAGGUGUCGGAUUUUGAAUUUUAAUUUGUAGAACUAGUGUAAUAUGAUGAUAUAACAUAUGAUAACAACUAAUUAGCAAAUUACCCUAAGCUCUAAACCUCUAAUCAACAUCACACUUUUUCUUUGUCCUGUGGGGGUCUUACCCUCGAUACCUUCCUCCAAUUUUUCCCCACCUUGGGCGUCACCACCAAAGGACUUUCUGAAGCUUCACCAAAUUUCCAUGGCGUAAUUUUCCACUCAUGAUGCUUAACAUAGUGUCUCCUUAUUACUACUUUAGAGUCGAGCUCUCAUACUUUUGCUCUUCCAAAAAUUGGACUAAGUCAGAUAUCAUUCCUUAGACCUGGGUUGUCCACCAAAUAUCACUCGCCCCUUUUAUGACUUUAAAUAGAAAAUUUAUUCUCCUCUCAUGACGCUCCCACUACUUCUCCAUCUCUACAACUUCCUGUAGUUGAUUGGUAAUGGCUUGGCCACCGACUUGCAUUCGUUGCUCUGUCAAUAACCAUCACCCGGCGUAUCAUUAUUUCACGGUGUUUCCCUUCCUUAUUGUCACUAUCCGUUGUCGAGGUUACAUACUAGCAGAAAUCAUUAAAAGCACUGGAGUAUCUGAUUAUUGAUGCAUAGGAUUGAAGCAUACCCUAUAAGUUUGCUUUGGUAGACUCCAACCUACGUCGUUACGAUCUUUUACUCAUGUCGAUGCUUGGUCAUGACCUUAAUCACUUAGUUCAGGUUCACAGUGGCUUAUACCUUGUAGCCGAUCUAUCCUUAACUAGUCUCCUUCUCAUGAUGACAUCCUACCAUGAUGCACCUACUCCGAGUGGGCCAUCUUGGAGAAAGCGCCUUACCAUGUUCCUCUUGAUUGGGAAUGCUUUCCUUAUCUUAUUCUCUUUUUUUUUUUUUUUGCAAUUUCUUGAUCUCGAUUUAUUUAACCUCAUUACAACUCCUUGUCUAGGGACUUACAUGUCCUUUCACUCUUCAUACUCUUCCCAAGAUUACUAAUGUCUUUUCUGCGCGAUGACCUUGAAAUGGCUUCUUUAGACCUGCCCAGUGGACUCCCUGGACUCACAUUGAACUUUCUCUUACCUUCCCAAUUUCUCUUAGUAUGCUACGUAAGUCCUCCUUAUCAUGUUCAUUGAGAUUCCUCCUCGAAGGUGCUACAUGAUUUCUCUGACAUUUAUUGAAACCUCUCUCGAUCGUUCUACUUUCUUGUUUGUCCUCGGUUGGCUUGUUGACUUUUCUAAGACAAGUUUCGAGGUUCAAACUCUUAACCUACCUUGGUCCGACGAUGCUCCUAGUGCCCUUUGGAUUUUUGACCUCUCGUGACUAUUGUAAUUUGUAGGGUCUCUCGAACCCCUCCCCAUACCUCGGCUUAGUUGGCGCCGCCUCUAGCUCGCAUUUAUUGGUUACAUAGUGCGCUUGCUCCAACCUCAUUCCUUACAUCGUUUAUCUCGAUGGUGGUCUACUUCUUUUCCAAGACUUAUCGUCGACCUACUUCCCCAUGUCAUCGAUCCCUCUUCUUAGAGGUGUACUAUAUCCCUAAGAGAUCCCUCAAUCGAUGCAUGUACAUGAAUGUGCCUCCUCCUAGCCUUGACAUAUUGAUCCUUUGAAGACUUGCCAAGCUCCUUAAGACCUACCUAAUUCCUCCUUCACUUCGCUUAUCUACCCCUAGCGUCGCUUAAAGUCUAACCUCCACUACUCCUUAGGUCGUAACCCUACGCUCGAUUCUCAUGAAUUCAAUGAACCUUUCUUGCAUUC